AUGCCAUCCAACAAAAGGAAAGCGUUUUCAGAACUAUCGAACAAUGCAAAGACAAAAACGCUCCGAGGAAAGAAGGCUGAACACAGUGCUGUCAAGGAGAUCCUGUCCCAAAUAGACGACAUCCCAGGAGAUCAAGAGGAAGAGUAUGCCCUUGCCUCAAAGGAUGAAUUCGAUUGGGAAGACGAUGAUGACGAACCUAUCUCCUGGAAGAAGAUAAAGAGCCUGAUGCACUUACAGGACAAACUGGCAAGACUGUUGAGGCCGACUUGA